GCAGACUGGAGAGGAGGAGUACAGAGGGAGGAGGCUGGACCGCGGCACAAAAUAUAGAGUUUAAUUGGAGUCGAGUUCUCUCCGUAUAUAUGAAAUAAAAGUUUACACCAGGGACACCUGCAAUUUUAUUCUUUAUUAAUCGAGUCACUUUUCGAUCAAUAUGACGGGCAGCACCAUCGCCAGGGUGCUGGUUGCCCUGUGUAUCGGGACCGCAGUGAACUGUAUGCCCAAAGGGACGCACAGGAAUCGGCGUCAGGCGCUGCAGCAUCGCGCCACCUCCGUCUCUCAAGAGGGUUGUUUGGAGAAUGGCCAAUUCUAUGGAAUUAAUGACCAGUGGGAGCGGCAGUUUUUGGGUAACACUCUGGUCUGUACCUGCCAUGGAGUUGCAGGAGUCAAGUGUAAAAGCAAACCUGAAGUGGAAAGGUGCUAUGAUAAAGUCACUGAGCAGUUCUACACUGUGGGAGAAACUUACGAAAGACCCAAAGAGGGCAUGAUCUGGGACUGUACCUGUAUUGGAUCCGGGAGGGGCAAAAUCAGCUGCACCAUUGCCAAUCGUUGCCAUGAGGGUGGGGCUUCGUAUAAGAUAGGUGACACCUGGAGAAGACCCCAUGACACAGGAGGUUACAUGUUGGAGUGUGUCUGUCUAGGUAACGGCAAAGGAGAGUGGGCCUGCAAACCUAUCGCUGAGCGUUGUUAUGACAACACUGCUGGAACAUCCUAUCUUGUUGGGGAGACGUGGGAGAAGCCCUAUCAGGGAUGGAUGGUCGUGGACUGCACUUGUAUCGGAGAGGGAAAUGGACGCAUCACGUGUACCUCCAGAAAUCGCUGCAAUGACCAGGACACUCUGUCCUCCUAUCGUAUUGGAGAUACCUGGACCAAGACUGAUGCCCGAGGUAACCUGCUGAAGUGUCUGUGCACAGGGAACGGCAGAGGGGAGUGGAAAUGUGAACGACAUGCCUCACUUCACACCACUGGCAUGGGCUCUGGCUCCCGUGUGAUCACGAACAUCCAGCCUGUGGUCUACCAGCCUGACACUGUGCCUGAUCAUGCCCAGGAUGGAACCUGUCAGACUGAGACAGGCCUGAUGUACUCUGUUGGCCAGCGCUGGAUUAAGAACCAGGGAACUAAGCAGAUGAUCUGUACCUGCCUUGGCACUGGUGUCAGCUGUGACCAAUGGGAUGGACCUUCUCCAGUGUAUGGUGGUAACUCCGGUGGCCUACCCUGUGUGUUCCCUUUUGUUUAUAAGGGGAAGAUCUACCACUCUUGUACCUCUGAUGGACGUGCUGACGGACAGCUGUGGUGCUCCACCUCUUCUGACUUUGAGACCGAGCAGAAAUAUUCUUUCUGUACAGAGAAGAACGCAAUAGUGGCAACACGUGGCGGUAAUUCUAAUGGCGCGCUCUGCCAGUUCCCCUUCCUCUACAAUGGCCGAAACUAUACUGAUUGUACUGCAGAUGGACGAAGAGAUGGCAUGAAGUGGUGUGGCACCACAACAAACUAUGAUGCAGAACGGCGUUUUGGGUUCUGUCCCAUGGCUGCUCACGACGAGGUGUGUACAUCGAGUGAAGGGGUGAUGUACCAUGUAGGUGAUCAGUGGGACAAACGGCAUGAUGUUCUAGGCCAUAUGAUGCGGUGUACCUGUGUUGGCAAUGGCAGAGGAGAAUGGAGCUGCAUUGCUUAUUCCCAGCUUAAUGAUCAGUGUAAUGUGGAUGGCUUCACCUAUGAGGUUAACCAGACCUUCACCAAACGGCACGAGGAGGGAUACAUGAUGAACUGCACCUGCUUUGGCCAGGGUCGUGGCCGCUGGAAGUGUGAUGCCAUUGAUCAGUGCCAGGAGCCAGAGACAAGAGCCUUCUAUCAGAUUGGAGAGUCUUGGGAUAAAGUCAUCCAUGGAAUCAUGUACAAGUGCUACUGCUAUGGCAAUGGUGUUGGAGAAAUGAGCUGCGAGCCCCAGUCGACACACCUUGGUGCUCCUGUCCAGGUGAUCAUAGCAGAAUCUGCAAACCAGUCAAACUCCCACCCUAUUCAGUGGAAUGUCCAGCAGUCUGCACACAUCACCCAGUAUAUCCUUAAAUGGAGAGUGAAAAACUCUCAUAGCCCGUGGAGGGAGGUGACAAUUCCUGGCCAUCUUAACUCAUACACCAUCUCUGGUCUGAAACCCGGCAUCACCUACGAGGGUCAGCUGAUCAGUGUGCUGCGUUAUGGACGCAAAGAGGUCACAAGUUUUGACUUCACCACUACUUACGGAUCCUUGGCUACAACACAAGGCGUGACCACCUCUCCUCCACCUAUGGUUGACAUCUCCGAGUCUGUGACCGAAAUUACCUCCAGCAGCUUUGUCAUCUCCUGGGUUUCUGCCUCCGAUACCGUUUCAGGUUUCAGAGUGGAGUAUGAGCUCAUUGAGCAGGGACAAGGCACUGGACAACCUAUUGUUCUAGACCUGCCCCGUACAGCUACCUCUGUAAACAUUAAUGAGCUUCUGCCUGGGAGGAAGUACACUGUUAACGUGUAUGCGGUUACAGAGGGAGGAGAGGACCUCGUUCUUACUACUUCACAAACAACUGUACCUGAUGCUCCCAAGGAGCAUGAAGUGGAGGAGGUGGGAGAAACGUCCAUUGUGAUCAGCUGGGAAAAACCACUGGCUCCCAUCACUGGUUAUCGUGUGGUCUACACUCCAUCAGAAGAAGGUGAAAGCACAGAGUUGACUCUCCCUGAUACAGUAACAUCUGUGACUCUGAGUGACCUUCGACCUGGGAACUUGUACAACAUCAGCAUCUAUUCUGUAGAGGACACCCUGGAGAGUGAACCCAUCUUUGUACAAGUCAGAACCUCUGGUGAUCCACUGCCAGAUGAAGUGGAUUCCCCCACCAACCUGCAGUUCUUUGAGGUCUCUGAUAAAAAAAUCGUUCUGACUUGGUCUGGCCCAUCCAGCGAAGUCUCAGGUUAUCGGGUCACAGUGGUGCCCGUUGACGAGUCUGGGUCUUCUCAUCCAGAGAUGAAUCUGCCCGUCAGUCAAAACUCCUACACUGAAGUGACGCACCUGCAGCCAGGAACACUGUACCGCUUCAGUGUCUAUGCCAUUCAUAAUGGAGAGCAAAGUUUGCCACUUAUCAGGGAGCAGUCUACUAAGCCAGAUGCCCCCACAGAUAUCCAUUUUGCCAAUGUGACUGAGGACAGUGCAGUGAUGCUGUGGUUUGCACCCCGUGCCAAAAUUACCGGCUAUCGUCUCUUCCUCAUGCUCGAAGGCUCCAACCCCAAGCAACUGCGCCUGCCCGCCCGCCUCACUCAGUACACCCUCCUCAACCUGAAGCCUGACACAGAAUAUACUGUUACUCUGCAUGCAGAGCAAGACAAUACACUGAGCGCAGGAGAGACAACUUUGUUUACAACUACUCCACCAAUGGGUAAUGCUCCUCAUUUCAAUGCUGAUGUGACUGAUACCUCCAUUAUAAUCACUUGGACUCCUGUUCCUCGCAUUGGAUACAAGUUGACAGUACGGCCCAGUCAGGGUGGGGAAGCCCCAAGAGAUGUGACCUCUGACUCAGGAAGUAUUUACAUUUCCGGUCUGACUCCAGGAGUGGAGUACACCUACAGCGUCCAGCCGGUCAUUAAUGGACACGAGCAAGGAACUCCGAUCACACGCCGUGUUGUCACACCUCUGUCUCCUCCUACUGAUCUUAACCUGGAGUCUAAUCCAAGCACUGGUGAGCUUGUAGUCCAGUGGAAUGGAGCCAGUACACCAGACAUCACUGGCUACAGAGUGACAUGCACUCCCACCAAUGGGCAACAAGGAAAUAGUGUGGAGGAAUUUGUGGAGGCCGGGGAGAACUCGUGCACCCUGGAAAACCUCAGUCCUGGUGUGGAAUACAAUGUCAGUGUUGUCACUGUUAAAGAUGAUAUGGAGAGCACUCCCGUAUCAACUGUCAUUAAACCAGAAAUACCACAGCUGACUGACCUCAGCUUUGAGGAUGUGAGCGACACCACUAUCAGUCUCCGCUGGACACCGCUCAACACCACAACCAUCACUGGUUACAGGGUCACCGUGGUUGCAGCUGGCGAGAGUGUACCCAUCUUUGAAGACAUGGUGCAGCCCACAACUGGUCAUUACACAGUCUACGGACUGGAACCUGGCAUUGACUAUGACAUUAGCGUUAUCACUGUGACGGAGAAUGGCGAGAGUGAACCCACCACACUCACUCAGCAGACCUCUGUGCCAGCCCCCACUAAUUUAGGCUUUGGCCAGGUUGGGCCAGACAGUAUAGAAGUCACCUGGGUCUCUCCCCAAGUCCCAAACAGUGCUGACAUUAACAGUUUCCUAAUCAGGUAUCACCCCAUUGAUGACGAAGAUGAGAUUACAGAGACCAGCGUUGGAGGCACGACUAACAGUGUGGUGCUAAGAAAUUUGCUGCCCAACACAGAGUAUCUGGUGAGCGUGGUGUGUGUUUAUGAGCAACGGGAGAGCUCACCCCUUGUUGGCACCCAGAAAACAGCUCUGGAUUCACCAGUCGGUCUGCGGUUCUCUGAGAUCAUGACCAACUCCUUUACCAUCCACUGGUACGCUCCCCAGAGUAAAAUCACUGGCUACCGCAUUCGUUACCAGAUGGUAAGCGGUGGGAGGUCCAAAGAUGAGAGGCUGCCCCCCUCCAGGAACCACUUCACUCUGACAGGACUCCAUCCAGACACAGAGUACUUGGUCAACAUCUUUGCAGUGAGCGGGAUACAAGAGAGCCUGCCGCUUAGUGGGACACAGAAAACAAUCUCUGAUGCACCCACGGACCUGGAAGUGCUAGACUCAACCCCUACGAGCAUCACUGUCCGCUGGGCCGCUCCACCAGUUACUGUGCGCUACUAUAGGAUCACCCAUGGAGAGUCAGGUGGUCACAGUAAUCCUAAGGAGUUCACAGUUCCUGGCUCUCAGUCCACUGCCACAAUCACCAACUUGAAGCCUGGCACUGAUUACACUGUUACUGUCUAUGCUGUGACUGGUAGAGGAGAUAGCCCUGCAUCCAGCAUUCCAAUCUAUGUCACUCAUAAGACAGGGGUCGACUCUCCCUCUGAAAUGGAGGUGACAGAUGUGAAUGACGACAGCAUCACAGUUAGGUGGAGCCCUGCCGAGGGUCCGAUCAAGGGUUACAGGGUGACUGGGGCCCCCAGAAAUGGACAGGGACCAUCUUUUACUGAGGUGGUGGCUCCAGACCAGACAGAGUUUACUUUCUCAGGCCUGAUGCCUACAUCAGAAUAUACUUUCAGUGUGUAUGCUCAAGGGCAAGAUGGAGAGAGCUCUCCACAGGUGGUGACUGCUUUAACAAAUGUAGACCGCCCCAAGGACCUGACCUUCGCAGAUAUUGACUCAACCUCACUGCGGAUCACCUGGGACAGUCCCGAGGGAACUGUUACCUCUUAUCGGGUGCUAUAUUCAAGUUCUGAGGAGGGUGAGAGAGAGUUGCUUCCUGCUCCGAGAGGAGACGCUGAGUCGACUGUCAUCUAUGGUCUCCAGCCCGGUACCGAAUACACCAUCAAGGUCAUCGCUUUAUACGAUGACACAGCCAGUACACCGCUGGUCGGGACACAAGCUACAGCAAUCUCUCCUCCAACUAACCUCCAGUUCUCCCAGGUCACCCCUACUUCUUUCAUCAUGCGCUGGGACAUGCCCAGUCAGGAAAAUCGACUAACUGGCCUCACAGGCCUCACGGGCUACCGUGUGGUGGUAAACCCAAAGAACAAGAGUGGGCCCACCAAAGAGAUCAACCUGGCCCCAGACGCCACUCAGGCACACAUUUCUGGACUCAUGAUUGCAACCACCUAUGAAGUCCAUGUUUAUGCCUUGAAGAACUCUCUCACCAGCAGGCCAGUCCAGGGAGAGGUCACCACCCUGGAAAAUAUCAGCCCCCCUCGUCGUGUACGCAUCUCUGAUGUUAAUGAUUCCACCAUCACCCUGACAUGGCGGUCCAAGACGGAGACCAUUUCUGGUUUCCUGGUUGAGGCCACACCCACCUCCUUCUCUUCUGGCUACACACCCAUCCAAAACACCAUUGGCCCUGAAUUGCGCUCAUACACGAUUACAGGUCUGGAGCCUGGCACCAGCUAUAAGAUCAACAUCUAUACACUGAAAGGAAAUGGGCGCAGUGUACCUCUCACACUCACAGCAACCACAGCUCAGCCGCUGGUCAUCCCACCCACAAAUAUUCGCUUCACCUCCCUGAAUCCUAACAGCAUUUCUUUCAUGUGGGAGCCGUCACGCAGUCCAAGAGUUACAGGGUAUUAUGUCACCUAUGAAGAGGCUGGUGGUUUGCCUCAAGAGGUCAUCCCUAGACCCCACGCAGGCCAGCACUUCGCUACCAUCAAUGGUCUGAAACCAGGAACAGAAUAUGUCAUUAAGAUCGUAGCCUUGCAGAAUGCUUUGAGAAGCACGUCGCUAGUGGGAAAAGCCAGAACCCAACCAGCUCCAGAUUCUCAUCUACUGGUCCCUGAGCUGCCUCAGCUUCCUGUUCCUCAUCGCCCCACCACUGAUAUUCUGGAUGUUCCCGAGCCCUUUGAUGACAAAAUUUUCGACUCCAACCACGUCCACUUGGCUGGCACUAGUGGCCAGAACCAGCCAGGGCAGCAGGGUCAGCACAUCUAUACAGAGUAUCAGAGCCUGAACCCCAAUAAUGGAUUUCAUGGCCCUUACAGUGGACCCAAAGAAGGCCAGAGACCUACUCUUAAAGAACCUCUAAUUUAUGUUCCUGUAACAGGCCCUGAUGGAAACAGAGUACCCUUGGUCAAGGUGAGCGAUGGUCCUCUACCAGGUCUUGCAUUUGGUUUCCCUGACAAUGAAACAGAGUUUCCCCAAGAAGCACAGACCAUUACAACCAUCUCCUGGAAACCCGUUCCUCACACUACAGAGUAUGAGGUGUCCUGUAAUCCCAUCACACACCUGGAGGAAGGAGGCUUCCUGAUGCGCCUUCCUGGCACUUCCAGCAGCGCCACUCUGAUUGGACUGACAUCUGGAGCUUCCUAUAAUGUCAUUGUGGAGGCCAUGAGCGGCGGGGCUAAAGAGAAGGUUUUGGAGGAAGUUGUAACUGUCGGCAAUGCUGUUCCAGGUGAAAUUCCUAUCACCCCCAAUCGAGAUAUGUGUUAUGACACAUUUACACAGACCUACCAUGAUGUGGGCUCAGAGUGGGAGCGCAUGUCAGAGACGGGCUUCAAGCUGUGGUGCCGCUGCCUGGGGCUGGGCAGUGGUCAUUUUAGGUGUGAUUCAUCCAAGUGGUGCCAUGAUAACGGUAAUAACUACCCUAUUGGAGAAAAGUGGGAUCGUCGUGGCGAGAAUGGUCACAUGAUGAGCUGCACCUGUCUGGGCAACGGCAAGGGAGAAUUCAAAUGUGAACCUCAUGAGUCGACAUGUUAUGACGAUGGAAAAAUGUACCAGGUUGGAAACCAGUGGCAGAAGGAAUACAUGGGUGCCAUCUGUACCUGUACUUGCUAUGGAGGACUACAGGGCUGGCGAUGUGAGAACUGCAGGAGGCCAGGAGGACAAACUGAGAUGGAGGUUGACCUCCUUCAACCUGUUCGCUCAGAUGUCUUUGAUCGGUACAGAGAAAAUGCUCUAAGCAAACUGAACAUCCAGUGUCCGAUUGAAUGUUUGAGGCCGGAGCUGCUUGCAGAUGCUCACAGCCCACAAGAGUAGAGAAGAAAGGAGCGUGAGUAAAGGAGGAUAAAGUGAUGAGAUCCCGAACAGUGUCAGCAUCACUUCAAGAAGGAAGUCUUCUCUUGCUUUUGUGAAAAGAAGAGAUUUUCAUCAAAUUUGUGCCUUUUUUUUCACCAUGCCAAAUUGUAGUGCCUUACAAACACUUUCCUAACUCCAACCUUUGUGCCUUUUUUAAAGACCUGUACCAGCUUUUCAUGUGGGCUUUGAUCCUUUUUUUCUUCAACAGAACCAGGGAUUUCUUCAUCAAGUUAACUUUAGAAACACAAAUCUGUCAGAGCACAAAUCCUGCUGCUUCAUCACCUUGAAUUCUUGUUCCCCAAGUGUUGUUUUCAUGCACACACACACAGAAACAGUAUUGUGUGUAUUUUUACUGUUGUAUUGGUGAUUGUGUUUUUCACAGCAUUCCUCUUUCCAAAGCAAAGUGCAUUUAUGCAAAUCUCUAAAUGUUCCCUGAUAUCUGUAGCCACAUGUUGCCAUAUCUGUUAUAUUUGAAUACAUUUAGGUAAUGGUGGAAUGUGUUUUUGUGGAUCCUUCCAUAUCAGGAAAAAAAAAAGAGGGAGGGUUGUUUCGCAAAGGCCAUUUCAAAGCCAUACAGUAUUUUCAUUGUUCCCCCAAAAUAACUUUUUAGCUCCUGUCUCAGUUUUACUGACCUC